UCACUCGUCUCUUCUGAGAAAACCCCAAAAAAAACCUCUCUCCAUUUUUUCCGGAAAUAAUUGCUCCAUUUAGGUAAGAAAAUCUAGUCUUUUGCCUUUGUGAGAUCUCUAACGAAUCAUGGCGGCCGUCGAUUCAACUGAUCGGCGGGACUUCAUAGUGAACAUCAACGGGCAAGAGAGUGGAGCCGUCGGUGCUACAGGGUCAAGCAGCAAUGCUGAGGGAGGUAAUAUUCGGAAAGAAUCAAGCUAUGAUUUUUGGCAUGGUGAAAAGGGUAAGAAUGAUAAGAAAGGAGCCGACGACGACGAUGAAGACGGUGGCAGUUUCCAUUUCACGCAGCCGAGGGAGCGGAGGCAUAGUUCAGCUGAGUUAGCUGAUCCUCCGACGAAGCUAAUUCGUCAGUUUCUCCACAAGCAGAGAGCUUCAGGAGACGAGAUCUCUCUAGAUGUUGAGCUUAACAUGGCAGAGCUACAGAGCAACACGCCGCCACGUGCUACAACUGCAAGCAACACGCCGCGACGUGGCUUAACGACGAUUUCAGAAUCUUCUUCUCCUUUGAGUCCUUUCACGACUAAAGUUAAAGCCGACGCAGUACGACGGAGGCAGAGCAGAACAUCUCUCGGUGGAAGUAGCGACGAGGAAGGUCGAAACAGAGACGAAGCAGAGGUUGUGAAGUCUAGUUCGAAUAAACCGAUGUUGAGCAGGAACAAGACCAAAUCGAGAUUGCAGGAUCCUCCUACACCGACACAUCCAGCGAUUGACAAAACAGAGAUGAAGUCUGGUCGGAGAUCCGGGAUUUUUAAAUCUGGGUUUCUUGGGAAAAGCCCUAAAGCGGGUACUCCAGGUCGGAAUGGGAUUGAGGAAGAAGAAGAGGAAGAUCCGUUUCUAAACGAGGAUUUACCGGAGGAAUUCAAAAGGGAUAAACUUAGCUUCUGGGUUUUUCUUGAAUGGAUAAGUCUAGUUCUGAUAGUCACCAGUUUGGUCUGUAGCUUAACCAUACAUAACUUGCAACGCAAGACAUGGUGGAAGCUGGAUUUGUGGAAAUGGGAAGUGACGGUUUUGGUGUUGAUAUGUGGGAGAUUAGUCUCGAGUUGGAUAGUGAGAAUCAUUGUCUUCUUGGUCGAGAAAAACUUCCUUUGGAGGAAAAGGGUUUUGUACUUUGUCUACGGAGUUCGAAAAUCUGUUCAAAACUGCUUGUGGUUAGGGCUAGUGUUGCUUGCGUGGCAUUUCUUGUUCGAUAAGAAAGUCGAAAGAGAGACUCGGAGCACUGCCCUUCGGUAUGUGACGAGAGUGUUGGUAUGUUUGCUUGUGGCUCUUAUCAUUUGGUUGGUUAAAACAAUUCUGGUUAAAGUUUUGGCUUCAUCGUUCCACAUGAGCACUUACUUUGAUCGGAUUCAGGAGUCCUUGUUCACUCAAUAUGUGAUUGAAGUUCUCUCUGGUCCUCCUUUGAUGGAGAUUCAGAGAAUGGAGGAAGAAGAGCAACAAGUAUCAGAAGAUGUUAAGAGCUUAGAGAAAUUAGCUGGAGCUAGGCUGCCUCCAGCUCUAAAGGCCACUGUUAAAAGUUUUAUGAAAGUCGGGAAACGUCGGGGACUGACUCGGAUUGGUUCUAAGAAAGGAGAAGAUAGGGAUGGGAUUAGGAUUGAUCAUUUGCAGAGAAUGAACACAAAGAAUGUAUCUGCUUGGAACAUGAAGAGAUUGAUGAAUAUAGUACUAAAAGGCGCUAUCUCUACUUUGGAUCAAAAUGUACAGGACACAUCUCAGGAGGAUGAGGACGCUACGCAGAUAAGAAGCGAGUACGAAGCUAAAUGUGCAGCUAGGAAGAUUUUCCACAAUGUCACCGAGCCAGGUUCCAGGUACAUAUAUUUGGAAGACUUCUUGCGUUUUCUAUGUGAAGAGGAGUCUGAAAGAGCCAUGGCUCUCUUUGAAGGAGCUUCAGAGAGCAAUAAGAUCAGCAAGUCUUGCCUCAAGAAUUGGGUGGUUAAGGCGUUUAGAGAAAGGAGGGCACUGGCUUUGACAUUAAACGAUACAAAAACAGCAGUAAACAGGCUUCACCGUAUAAUCAACGUGGUGAUUGGCAUUAUAGUCAUAAUCAUCUGGCUCCUUAUACUGGGAAUCGCCACAACCAGAUUCUUGCUCGUCUUAAGCUCUCAGCUCCUUCUAGUAGCCUUUGUAUUUGGAAACUCUUGCAAAACCAUCUUCGAAGCCAUCAUUUUCCUUUUUGUUAUGCACCCAUUUGAUGUCGGUGACCGAUGUGAAAUCGACGGUGUUCAGUUGGUUGUGGAGGAGAUGAACAUAUUGACGACUGUUUUCUUGCGAUAUGAUAAUCAAAAGAUCAUAUACCCGAAUAGUGUCCUCGGCACAAAACCUAUAGCUAACUAUUACCGAAGUCCCGAUAUGGGAGACGCGGUUGAAUUCUGUGUUCAUAUAGCAACUCCUCCUGAAAAGAUCACUGCCAUUAAACAAAGAAUACUAAGUUAUGUUGACAACAAGAAGGAUUAUUGGUAUCCUGCACCUAUGAUUGUGUUCCUAAGCAUGGAUGACUUGAAUAGUGUGAAGAUAGCCGUGUGGUUGACACAUAGAAUGAAUCAUCAAGACAUGGGAGAGAGGUAUAUAAGAAGAGGUCUAUUACUAGAGGAAGUGGCAAAAACUUGUAGAGAGCUCGAUAUCGAGUAUCGCUUAUAUCCUCUUAGCAUUAAUGUUCGAAGUCUCCCUCCUACGGCUAAUCAACCGUCUUCAGGCCGUGUUCCUCCUUCAUGGAUGCAACAACACGGUUCUUGAAUUGAAAAGGUUCUAGAGAUAGAGAGUUUUUCAUUGCGUCGUACGAAAGAAGAUUAUGGAUUUUUUUGGUGUAUAUAAUAUGUAUGAGUGCUUUUGUAGUAGUAGUUUGUGAUGAUUUCAGCAGUAAGUAGUCAUUGUUGUAGCUAAAUUAUUGGCCUUGAGACAUUUUAUGAUGUUCUACUAAAUCAAGGAAAUAAAGGCGCAAUUGUAAA